AAGUGCAAGAAUUCGAUUGGAAAUUAAUAGAAAAGUGGUCUAUACAUGAUCAAAUCGCCCCAUACUGGAACUUCUAUUGCAUACAUUUGAGAAGGAGAAGAAGAAACACCAGUCUUGUAUUUUGCCUCCGGAAUUAUUCUCCUGUCCAACGUAUUAAGACGUAUAAGAUAUCCAUCGUGAACUAAAGAAAAGUGCCAAAGUGUUUAAGAAAAAAUAAACUAAUUUAUAGAAAAUUCAAUCCAUUUUCUUCCCACUUCUUCUUUACCAAUCGUCUUGGAGAAAGGCACAAGAAGUACAGUUAGAUAUGCAGAGAGAACUUGAAUUUCAGUUGGUAACGCCUUUGUACAUUCAACACCUCUAAGUGAUAGUACCAUAGUGAUCUUUAUGGCGGAGGUGUAAAAGACUUUUUGUGCAAAAGACAUCCUCAUCAAAUCAAAAUCUUUUUGUACACAAAAGACACAUUUUGGGUGAUUGAUAAGAAAAGGAGUGUAUCUUUUUAUGACAAUCAACCGUACCUCACAGUAACUUUAUCGAGAUUCACCAUAUAGCAGUGAGGAACUUUCCAGCGACUGAAGAUAUUAAAUAACGUGUUCAGAAAUUUAAGAGAAAGAUAUGAGGCGUGGAAUUUAGUUGAUUAAGCGAAAAUGCAUGAGCUCUUCGUAAAAGUUCUGACUAAGAGGGAUCUCUCCAGAGCUGGAGAUCUCUUUUCCGUGGCUGAUGUUGACAUUGUGAAUGAUCUCACAGACGUGCUCACACAGAUUGAAUUGAUUAUUUCGCAAGCAGAUUACUUGCAAAAUAAGAAUGAUCAAUCGGUGAUGGAAAUUUGUGUGACACGAGUGACAUCGUGCAUACGUGAGACAAAGACUGUGGAGAGGCACUGUCCCGCUCUGGUAAGUCUUCUGGACUCAUGCCUCAAGCAGAAUCUUCAACCGUUAUCCGGCGAAGAUCCGCCACAUGCCAAAAUAUCAGCCGACUUAAUAUCAAGCAUCUUUCUCAACUACAACAAGAAAACUGUAAUGGAAAUGGCUUUGCCAGUGGCUGUGAAAUUUCUCCAAAAGGGCAAUAAGGAAUUGGCCAAAAAUUUGGCCAGUUAUCUCUCACUGGCCGCCAUUGAGUAUGCUUAUUUGUUGAGCCCCCAUGUGCAGUCCAUUAUAGAUUCAAUCCUUGCCGGCAAUUAUGGAUUGUGUCAAAUAUUGCCACAAAUUUAUGAAGUUGCUCCACAUUCCUUAGAUCAGCAUACACUGCUGCUCAUUUCUUUGCUCAAUCGCUGCGACACGCAGGAGAAAUUGGCACUUCUUCAACUAUUUGCAUUGAUUGCCAAAAAUAAUCCAUCUGCACUGGAAGACAACAUUCCCCACUUGUGUGAAUCUCUACAGGAGACAGCAACAGUUUCAGCCACAUUAAAUGUACUACUGAAACUAGCUGAAGAGAUACCGUCUCGUAUUCAUGAUCACUUUGAUAACAUCAAAAUAGCUGCUGAAAAGAAUCCACAGACUGUGGCACUGGCAUCCCAAGUCUUGGCAACUUCGGGUAAAAUAAAUCGAACACGUGCUCAAUUUGCCCUUGAUUUUGUCCUGCAACAUCUACCCCACGCUGAUCGUACAUCACAAACCAUUUUACUGAGGGAAGCAACAAUGCUCUGUUCUACAUAUCCCAUCCUCUUCACGGACAAGGUACUUGCGUGCGUCCGUCAGAGGAACAAUACAUCGCAGCAAUCAUCAAUCUCAACAUCACCUAGCACAUCAUCUGCCUCCCCAAUUUCGGGCAAUCAAAUGUCAGGCGGGGUAACAAUUGUCAAGCUCAAUGUAGUUCCCGUCCAGACACCCGUCUCUGUUACGAGCAGUGGGAAUUCUGUGACGACAACCGUGAUAAAUUCUACAUCAAAUGGAACGGCCACAGUCCAUGUUCCGCCCCAGCCAGAAAAAACAUCUCACGUCGUCACAAUUCCCACAUCAACAACAUCACAAAAUUCCAACAAUGCCAUGAACGGGAAUACCGUAGUUUCACCUCCACACACUGGCUACACUCGUCGUGCAAAAUUGGGUGAUUCACGGAGUACGGGACGCCUUCAUUCCACCGGGAAUACUCAUCGGAGUAUGACACGACUUAAUAUUGCCGGUGGAUCUGUAGGUGGACUGCACAAAAGUAUGACUCGUCUCAGUUCAUCUCAGCAAAUAAACCAACAACAGAAUAAUACAUCCAAUCCCAACAAUGUCAACACCAAUUCCAGUGGGAGUGUAUCCCAAAUUAAUGGCGUGAGUGCCACAGGCCCAAGCUACGUCACACCUGUGCCCCCACUCAGCAGCAAUGUCAUCAUAACAGGUCACAACAAAUGGGGCAUUCCCUCAACCAAGAUCACCUCAGGUGGCGUCACAGUGACCACAAGUCCACCUCGGGGAGUUCGGCCUCAUUCACAGGGCCUCAGCACCCUACUGGGCUCCAGUGGUGGCCUAGGUUCAAUCACCAGUCAGAGCAAUAGUGUAUCUGUACAACAUGCAUCUCCAGCACCAUCAUCGGCUGGCACUAGCUCCUUCCAGCAAUCGGUAAUGACUCUGCCCAUCAACACACUUUCGUCAAAUGCCGUGGGCAGCAAUCAAGUAUCCGUCUCUGGGCCAGUAACUGUCACAUCACGACGAAACGACAAUACGAGUAUCACACUCCUCAAUGCCAAUCAUCAUUCUACCAAUCAGAGGAUGAGUGUUUUUGAACCCUGUCCAGAACGAGACACCAUCCAACAUUUCUCAGAGAAACACUUUGAUAAGAUUAAAGUGUAUAUUGAAAGUGUUGAGCAGCGAUUGCCUCCAGCAGCGAAAUGCACAAUUGAAGAGCGUCGUUCAAAGAAAUUCGCAAAGCUCCACUUUGCUUGCCAAGCCCGUGGUCCCCAUUGUCUGUACUCCAAAACUUUCUUCACGAUGCGAACACGAAAUCCCAAGACAUGGAUUCAUUUAAUGUUUCUCGAUCAGCAAUCACGAGCCCAAACAGCCCUAAGUAGCCGAGAUCCUGCCGUUAGUAGCCUCCGGCAUUGUUGGGAUAUUCUCAAAUGUGAAAAUAAAUCAUUUGUGACACUGGCCACGAGUGCCUUUCCCUCUACAAAGGAUACAGACGCUCUGGUUAAUGAACUAAGGAAUUCGGGCUUCUUUGACGUGUUCGAACUGGGACCAGUCAAUGGGAAUUCAACAAAUGGUAGAACAAGUUCUGAGGAUUUACAACUCCAAUGGGGCUGCUUCCUUUGCAAUCAUCCCGAGAAAGCAAUGGGAUUCCUGCAAGGAAACACACAGCCGGUGAUUGAGGGUCAAUUGAAAGAGAAAAAGGGAAAAUGGCGUCUUUUUAGACGCUGGAGAACACGAUACUUUACACUAUCUGGCGCGCAUUUAUCCUGCAAGGGUUCUAGUGGCGGAGAAAGCAUUGAUAUCAAUCAAAUACGUUCCUUAAAAGUAUCACGAGGUGCUAGAAAUAUUCCCAAAGCCUUUGAAAUCUUCACAGGAGAUCAAACAUUAAUUUUGAAGCCGAAAGAUGGCAAAAAUGCUGAAGAGUGGGUUCAGUGCCUUAGCAUUGUUGUGGCCACAUCACAGGCCAGAGAUCAACCCUCGAAUAAGACAAAUAGUCUGCCUGCGAGGAGCAUAGGAAAUAGCCGGACGGCCUUCUAAUAUAAUCUUUUAUGAUUUAUCUAAAGAAAGUGCGCUAUUCUCUUAUCACAUGUGCUUCCAAUAUGUAUUGUUAACAUGGAAUAAUAUUUUUUAUUAAUAUACAUAUUUUGAAUUUA